AUGAGUCCGAAAACCCUGGAAGCGAAGAAGUCGUGGUGCCAAGGCUUCACGCGUCGCAACCAUCUGACCAUCCGACGUUUCGCAGGCGUUCUAUCUUUGAGCGUGCAAUGGAAGGUCUCCGGUGUAUCACGAACGGAAGCAAUGCGAGUAGCGGAGCGGAUGAGGCCGUCGACACGCAAAAGGCUCUCUCCUGAUUCCGCGAGCGGCAACGACUACAUCAUAGAGGACGAGAACAAUGUUACGGACGGUAGCGAUUUUGCGCUAGGCACGACAUCGAGUUCGACUUCGGACAAACAAGAAGAGACAUGGGUGCGGUACGCUAAGGCGUUGGUGUGCACCCACGCGGGAAAAUACAAGUCUCGUGGGAAGGGCAAGAGUGCGCGCCAAGAAUAUCGCUCAACCGAGUGGUACAACUUACAAUGUCGGGUACUGUCGGGCACUGUAGGUGGAGAUUAG